AUGAAGGAGAUGGAAAAUUAUAAUCUUAUUGAUAAUUCUCCCCUUGUUGCAUCUAGCCAGCAACAACUCCAAACUAGCAACAGUGAUAGUGAUCAAGCUCUACAAAAUCUAUUGGAAGAUGUUAAAUCCCUUCAAAAUAAAAUUGCAACGAAGUUUGCAGCUUCUCUUUCCUUAGAUUUUAUUAAGGUCGGUGAAUUUGGGGUGACUAAGGGUGAGAAUAUUCCCCCUCAGCCAGCCGAUCCAAAUGCCUCUAGUGAUUUGGGCAAGAAAGGCAUCACCACUGACUUGGAAGAAGGAGAAAUUGAUUCCUCUACCUCAAAAUCGGAAGAAGAUUUUGAACCAGUUGCCAACCUUAUAAUGGAUAAUACUGCAAAAAGUUUUGGGAAGACUGCUUCAUAUAUUAAUGAACCAAACUUUAAACUAAAGGGAAAAAGGAGGCGCAAAUCAAGGAAAGCAAUGUUGAAAAUCGCAAGUGUGGCUAAUGGGCAGUCCAAACAUAAUUUAGGGAAGGCGGAUCGGGCGGCAUUGGGGGAGGCUGCUGUUCGGGUAUUUGCAAAUCAUGGAGCCAAAGUCAUUAUUGCAGACAUUGCAGAUGAGGCUGAUCUGAAAACCGCUGAAUCCCUUUCUUCCUCAGCGACAUAUAUCCACUGUGAUGUGACAAAAGAGAAAGACGUAAGUGCAGCAGUGGAUUUGGCCAUGGAAAAGCACGGAAAGCUUGACAUAAUGUAUAACAACGCAGGAGCUCUGAAAGUCGAGAAAGCAAGCGUGGGAGAGUAUGAUAUGGAGGAUUUCGAUCGAGUGAUGAACACAAAUGUAAAAGGAGUAAUGCAUGGAAUUAAGCAUGUGGCUUGCGUUAUGAUCCCUAAGAGAAAGGGCAGCAUUAUCUCAACGGCUAGUGUUGCAGGAAUAGUAGGAGCAGCUAGUCCUUACUCCUACACAGCCUCCAAACAUGCCAUUGUUGGGCUGACUAAGAAUGGUGCAGCAGAGUUGGGGAAAUGUGGUAUACGAGUGAAUUAUGUUUCCCCUGCUUUAGUUGCCACAGAUCUGGUACUGAAUUAUGCGGGAAUGACUCCUUCACCAGAGGCAAAGGCCCAGUUGGAGGCCGCGGCUCAGAUGAUAGUGCCCUUAAAGGAAGCCAUUCUUAAAGCAGAGGAUAUUGCAAUGGCUGCUUUGUAUCUGGCCAGUGAUGAAUCCAAAUAUGUGAAUGGUCACAACAUAGUGGUAGACGGGGGGUAA